GCGUGUCAGUUCCAGUCACCCGAUCUGUCAGGCAGAUCUGCGGGGGAAGUUGCGCAAAAAAGAAAAAGAAAAGAAAAGAAAGAAAGAAAAAGGACGAGGAAGGAAUUUAAGUCGUCUUGUAUUUGUUUUCUCUUUAACCCGAUCGUGGAGCUUCUUUUUUAUAUUUAAUUCGGAAACCAGGUACUUCAUGCGAUUUAAACAGAUCCGAUUUCAGAUCAUAACAGGUGAUUGGUGAGUCGGUCAUGGCAGGAAGAGGCGGUGCUACGAGACCUAACGGGCCGAACGCAGCCAGCAACAAAAUCUGUCAGUUCAAACUGGUGCUUUUGGGCGAGUCUGCAGUGGGCAAGUCGAGCCUGGUGCUGCGCUUCGUCAAAGGCCAGUUCCAUGAGUUUCAGGAGAGCACGAUAGGAGCGGCCUUCCUGACUCAGACAGUAUGUUUGGAUGACACAACGGUGAAGUUUGAGAUUUGGGACACAGCUGGUCAGGAGCGCUACCACAGUUUGGCUCCAAUGUAUUACAGAGGCGCCCAGGCAGCGAUCGUGGUGUAUGACAUCACAAACGAAGAAUCAUUUGCACGUGCAAAGAAUUGGGUUAAAGAGCUCCAGAGGCAAGCCAGUCCUAAUAUUGUAAUAGCUCUGGCUGGAAACAAAGCAGAUCUUGCCAGCAAGAGAGCCCUGGACUUUCAGGAGGCACAGACUUAUGCAGAUGACAACAGUUUGCUUUUCAUGGAAACGUCAGCGAAGACGUCGAUGAACGUGAACGAGAUUUUUAUGGCUAUUGCAAAGAAACUCCCUAAGAAUGAGCCCCAGGCAGCCGGAACGAGCGCAGGCCGGACUCGAGGAGUGGACCUGGCAGAGACAGUGCAGCCCACCAAAGGGCCAUGCUGCAGCAACUAACCCCCGAACACACACAUUGUCACCUCCCAACUAACUCUGCAUCACUUCUGGACAUGGGGCGCAUCCUUCCAAACCUCGCUCCCUGGAACUGCUAAAGACUCUGUAUAGCUCUGUUUCUAAUACCCAUUUGUUUUUCUUUUGUUUGUUUUUUUUAAAGCAAAUAUAAAUUCUUUAAUAUAACGGAUGCAUGUAUCACUACAAAGCCUUGAUAUACAUUUUUAACUUAACACAGGGGAAAGGUUAUCACGGUUGAACACGAGGAAGAACGAGAGCUUGGUCUUGUGUGUGUGUGUGUGUGUGUGUGUGUGUGUGUGUGUGUGUGUGUGUGUGUGUGUGUGUGUUGUAUAGCGUAGUAUUAAGGAUAUAACAGGUCCAGACCUGAUUUGGUGGCUGUCGGUUGCUUGUAUUUGCAGCUUGGUCAUGCUGUACAUGCAACUUUCAGUGUGUUUGAGUGCCAUAGUGGGGAGGAUCAACUUUAGGGAAGGUCUGACCAAAACAACCUAAUCCUAAACAAAAAUGCUACCUAAACGAUUACUGUUCUAUGUGUAAAUGAUGGGGAGGACAGAAGCUGUUUUGUUGCAUGUUUCGACUGUUAAUCUGGUUAAAAAAAUAAUUCCCACAAUCACAAUAACUAGUACAGCAUCCAGGAUACUAGUUCCUUUCUUUUUCAUUUUUUGGAAUCUCCUGCUUGUAAUUACGACCCUAAUAUCGGUGUCCAAGUGCAGUUCCGCAGUGGGAAGUUACUUCCGCUGACUUUCAGCUCAAAUAUCAGCCACAAUAAGAAUUUGAUGGAUGUAAAAUAAAUCAAGCCUCUGCUUAUCCAAGCUAUUCGUUGUGUAGCUUUUAGAGAACGAGCGAUCAUCAUCCUGCCUACGCGUUCCUCAUUGAGUCUAAGAAUACACAGUCUUUCCUCUGAGGUUAUUAAAAGUAUUGGUGGCAGAUUCGGUGAACCUGUUACUGUUUCGGGGCAGUCAAGUCUGAUCAUCAGACAUGAUUUGACCAAUAGAUGUGGUGUUUUUUUUUUUUUUUUUUAAUAAAUCAGUGGCAAUUCGGUUCUAUCCUGCUGUAUGGAGUACUGUUGAUAGUUACAUGCUGGCGUUCCAUACAUCACUAAAGAACAGUAGAUAAAUGCCUUUAUUCAGUCUUUGGAGCGAAAGCCUCUUUCAUAAAUGUCACACAUAAUUCUUCAUAGUGCAUGGCUGAUGCAUUAUUGUGAUGCAGUGUAGUACGGCUAUGAAAAGCUUUGAAGACUCUUUUCAUCUCUAGAAUAUAUUUCUGCUCAUUUAAACGCCCAGCGGUAGAAAAAAAAAAAGUGUCGAGGUACCCAGUAUAUCUUGCCAUCUACAUCUUAAAUACUACUAUAUGAACUGUUUGCAAUGGACCGUAUGUAUGCACCCUUCUUAUUUUUUUUUUUCUUUUUUCUUGUACAGUUCCCUUUAGAGUUUUUUAUUUCACAAAUCGGCCAAAUGAUGUUUAAAUGUUUUUUUUUCCUCCCUUGUAUGUAGUGUUAUUAACAAAUCAACUUGACAUUUAAUGGUCUGUCUAGUGCUUCUUUCGAGAUGCUAAUUUCUUUUCUAUUGAGAUACUAUUAAAUUGCACAAAUAUGAGUUGUAUUUUUAAAUAAGUCAUUAUGAGAUGAUGCCUGCCUGGUGUCUCUGCAGUGUGAUCGAGCUGAAAUGGACCACGGUGAGCUCGAUUAGCGAAUUGCCGCAGGUAGCUGAAGAAGUUCAUUCGCAGCCGCCCGAGAGCCGAAAAGGAUCGAGUGAUGUAACAGCAUUAACACUGAGAGACUGAUUUUUUUUUUUUAAAUGUCCAGGUACUGGUUAAUAUUUCCAAUAAAGGGGGUGAAUUGUA